AGGGAAGCGAUUGUUAUGUUCUGUUAUGAUGAGGAAACUUGUACUUGAUGUUGUAGGUAUGUCAAAGAUAUACCCGAAAAUCCUAUUGUUGGUUUCAUGAUCUCAUACUCAUUGUUCUAUUCGCAAACAACCUCGCAAUUCGCAAAUCAGUAGCUUAAUUCUUCGUUUUCUAGCUACCAUCCAAGAUCAAGAAAAUGUGCGGUCGUUGUGCGGCAAUCGCGGAGAAGGGGUGCGUGGAGAAGAUAGCUGGCACCAAAAAAUGGCGUCGCAACGGCGAUAAGGUUUCCACGAAGUACAAUCUUUCACCCUACGAUAAGAGCGUGUGUGUACCAGUCAUUCACGCCGCGGAGGCCAGUACUGAAAAGAAGAGUAUUGCUAGCGCGUCCGGGACGAGUGCUAUGGGAGUUGCUCCUUCGACGACCUCGACGACCUCUGCUUCAAUCGUCCCUCCUGCAGUAGAGACUGACUCGUCUUUCUCGCUUUCCGGAAUGCGCUGGGGUAUGGUUCCCAGUUUCGCCAAGGAAGAGAAGCAGCAAUUCACUUUUAACAGUCGCAUCGAGACCUUGGAUAGCUCGCCAAUGUGGAAAAGAUGUCUAAAGGUCUCUAAUCGCUGCAUUAUCGUAGUCCAAGGCUUCUAUGAGUGGGGUAAGCAGAAAAAACCACGCCUCGUGCAGAUGGCCAAAGGGUAUCAGGGAUUUUCUCUCGCGGCUAGUGAAGAAGAUGGUCAACAAGAUCAUAAAAACGCUGGCGCUCAACGUGGAACGACAGAGACGUUCAAAGAAGUCAACAAAGGAAGAAACUUCCCGAUGUUGAUGUGUGGCAUCUACGAUCGUUGGGCUGGACCCGGAUAUUCUGUUAAGGAUCGUAUAAAAAAAGUUCAUAGUAUUAGUAAAAUAGCUAGGAUAUUUAUAAUUCUGUUAAGGAUCGUUUGAAAAAAACAUAGUAAAAGCCGGAGAUUCUGUUAAGGAUCAUUUGAAAAAAGUAACAUUUAGUAAUAGUUAAGAUGAGUAGACUCUCACGCCUCCACGUCCACUUCGACUUCACUGACUCAAUUCAGAUGCGUGAUUUUUUUUUUCCACAUGAUAGCGAGGUGGCGAAGUCGACAUGUAACACCUCCGUACUAGAAGUAGUACGUAAAAAGAAGAGAUUGUUCACCAUAAAGUGGCUAUGUCAUCAAUGAAGUAGACCGCCUCUAAUCCCCAACCACUAGAAUCGACUUCGAUUAUCACGAUGGCAACGCCAAAGGAGUCAGGGUUAGCCAGCAUUCACGAUCGCAUUCCCUUGUUGCUGCUUGAUGCAGACAGCGCACGACAAUGGCUCUCAGAUGGCACCACACCGAUCAAGCAGUUGUUGAACAAGCUGGAAACGAAUUCUCACAAGGCCAGAUUAGACAUCUUUGAGGUGGACAAGAAAGUCGGCAAUGCGCGAAACGAGUCGGCGGAUUGCAUUACGCCAUUGGCGGAUUAUCAGAAACAGCAAUACAUGAAGAAUUUUGGACGGUUUUUGGUGAAGAAAGAACCAGCUGCGAAUGUGAAGAAGGAGGAGGCGAAAGGGCAGCAAGCGAGUGUUGAGGAAACCAAGACCACGACUGCCGCAAGUGGAAGUACGACCAGCAGCACUACCACUACAGGAAGUUCAGCAGCAGGGUCGUCUAUUGAAAAUAAACAGGUAGAAGAGGAGCCAGCAAUGAAACGACAGAAAAUCGACGAACAAUGAAAACCCUAAGACUGACGAACUCUGAAAGAGGUGCGUCAUCAAUGAAGAAUCUUCCAAAUCGCACGACUUCAAAAAUGUGAUAGCAAAAGUUCUACGGCAACAUGCCCUUUUUUCAUGAUUUAGCCAUCAACGUCAUAGAAACACCAUCGCCCAUGGAGAAUACUUACAACCCAUUAAUGUCAUGAUAUCCAUCAACUGUCAUAGACUUCUUGUGCUUCUCUCUCAUUCAAUGAGACUGAUGUGACCUUUGUUGAUCACAUGACAGUUCUCCCUGCGCAAAGUUCUUUAAGC